UUUUUUGAUGAUAAAAUAUACACAUUUAUUGCAAAAGUGUUGAUUGCAAUGAAUCCGCAAAAAAAUGCACAACAUGUACACCGACGAAGUUAUACAAAAAUAUGCAGGGAAGAAGAUCGGAAGUAUGCCACCACAUAUUUAUUCAAUAGCUGAAGAAGCAUUUCAAAAUUUAAAACAGCAUAACUCACAAUCAGUUAUCAUCACCGGUUUAUCUGGAGCGGGGAAAACAGAAACGACCAAACAUCUCAUCAAGUAUCUAUGCAAUUCAUCGCCAUUGCUUUUUGAAGCAUUUGGUAACGCAAAUACUGCACAAAAUCGAAAUAGCUCACGAUUUAUAAAAAUUAUUGAGAUUCAAUAUGAUGGAGGUUCAGUAGCAAACAUCUACAACACUUACAGCCUAUUGGAGAGCAGUAGAGCUUCAAUUACUUCAUGUGAAAUUAUGCGAGAAAACAAUUUUUACAUAUUUUACUAUCUUGCUAUUGGAUCUUCACAUGAACUUCAAAAUAAGCUGCAGUUGAAAGGCAAUGAGCGGAUGUGA